AUGGCGGAAGCAGAGGAGCAGGAAACUGGAUCUCUGGAAGAAUCUACAGAUGAGUCCGAGGAAGAAGAGAGUGAAGAGGAACCCAAACUGAAGUAUGAAAGGCUCUCCAAUGGGGUAACUGAAAUCCUCCAGAAGGAUGCUGCUAGCUGUAUGACGGUCCAUGACAAAUUCUUGGCACUGGGCACACAUUAUGGCAAGGUUUAUUUACUUGAUGUCCAGGGGAACAUCACUCAGAAGUUUGAUGUAAGUCCUGUGAAGAUAAAUCAGGUUAGCCUGGAUGAAAGUGGAGAACACAUGGGCGUGUGUGCAGAGGAUGGCAAGGUGCAGGUAUUUGGACUGUAUUCUGGAGAAGAAUUUCAUGAGACUUUUGACUGUCCCAUUAAAAUCGUUGCUGUGCACCCGCAUUUCGUGAGAUCCAGCUGCAAGCAGUUUGUGACGGGAGGGAAGAAGUUGCUGCUGUUUGAACGAUCUUGGAUGAGCAGAUGGAAGUCUUCAGUUCUGCAUGAAGGGGAAGGGAACAUAAGGAGUGUGAAGUGGAGGGGCCAUCUGAUCGCCUGGGCCAAUAAUAUGGGCGUGAAGAUUUUUGACAUCACCUCAAAGCAGAGAAUCACAAAUGUGCCCCGGGAUGAUAUAAGUCUUCGCCCAGAUAUGUAUCCCUGUAGCCUCUGCUGGAAGGACAAUGUGACGCUGAUCAUCGGCUGGGGGACGUCCGUCAAGAUAUGCUCAGUGAAGGAACGGCACGCCAGUGAAAUGAGGGACUUGCCCAACCGAUACGUUGAAAUAGUGUCUCAGUUUGAAACUGAAUUCUACAUCAGUGGACUGGCACCUCUCUGUGAUCAGCUUGUUGUACUUUCCUAUGUAAAGGAGGUUUCUGAAAAAACGGAAAGAGAAUACUGUGCCAGACCCAGAUUGGAUAUCAUCCAGCCACUUUCUGAAACUUGUGAAGAGAUUUCUUCUGAUGCCCUGACCGUGAGGGGCUUUCAGGAAAAUGAAUGUCGAGAUUAUCACUUAGAGUACUCAGAAGGGGAGUCACUCUUUUACAUCGUGAGUCCAAGGGAUGUUGUUGUAGCGAAGGAACGAGACCAAGAUGACCACAUCGACUGGCUUCUUGAAAAGAAGAAAUAUGAAGAAGCUUUGAUGGCAGCUGAAAUUAGCCAAAAAAACAUUAAAAGACAUAAGAUUCUGGACAUCGGCUUGGCGUAUAUAAACCAUCUCGUGGCAAAAGGAGAGUAUGAUAUAGCAGCACGCAAAUGCCAGAAAAUUCUUGGGAAAAAUGCAGCACUCUGGGAAUAUGAAGUUUAUAAAUUUAAAGAAAUUGGACAGCUUAAGGCAAUUAGUCCUUAUUUGCCAAGAGGGGAUCCAGUUCUGAAACCACUCAUUUAUGAAAUGAUCUUACAUGAAUUUUUGGAAAGUGACUAUGAGGGUUUUGCCACAUUGAUCCGAGAAUGGCCAGGAGAUCUGUACAACAAUUCAGUAAUAGUUCAAGCGGUUCGGGAUCACCUGAAGAAAGAUAGUCAGAACAGGACCUUACUUAAAACCCUGGCAGAAUUGUACACCUAUGACAAAAACUAUGGCAAUGCUUUGGAAAUAUACCUAACGUUAAGACAUAAGGAUGUUUUCCAAUUGAUCCACAAACAUAAUCUUUUCAGUUCUAUCAAGGAUAAAAUUGUUUUAUUAAUGGAUUUUGAUUCUGAGAAAGCUGUUGACAUGCUUCUGGACAAUGAAGAUAAAAUUUCAAUUAAAAAAGUAGUGGAAGAAUUAGAAGACAGACCAGAGUUGCAGCACGUGUACCUGCAUAAGCUUUUCAAAAGAGACCAUCAUAAGGGACAGCGCUACCAUGAGAAGCAGAUCAGCCUUUAUGCUGAAUUCGACCGACCCAACUUGCUUCCAUUUCUCCGAGACAGUAUCCAUUGCCCCCUUGAAAAGGCUCUUGAGAUCUGUCAACAGAGAAACUUUGUAGAAGAGACAGUUUAUCUUCUGAGCCGAAUGGGUAACAGUCGAAGUGCCCUGAAGAUGAUUAUGGAGGAAUUGCAUGACGUUGAUAAAGCGAUUGAAUUUGCCAAGGAGCAGGAUGAUGCAGAACUCUGGGAGGAUCUGAUUUUAUAUUCCAUCGACAAACCACCAUUUAUCACUGGCUUGUUAAACAACAUCGGCACACAUGUUGACCCGAUUCUACUGAUUCACCGUAUUAAGGAAGGAAUGGAGAUUCCUAAUUUGAGAGACUCCUUAGUUAAAAUUCUACAAGACUACAAUUUACAAAUUCUGCUUCGUGAAGGCUGUAAGAAGAUUCUCGUAGCCGACUCUCUGUCGUUACUAAAGAAGAUGCACCGAACUCAAAUGAAAGGCAUUCUGGUUGAUGAGGAGAACAUCUGUGAGUCCUGCCUUUCCCCUAUUCUUCCAUCAGACGCAGCGAAGCCCUUCAGCAUGGUGGUCUUCCACUGCCGACAUAUGUUCCACAAGGAGUGCCUGCCUGUGCCUAGCAUGACCUCUCCUGCACAGUUCUGUAACAUCUGCAGUGCGAAGCACCGGGGACCAGGAAGUGCCAUUUUGGAGAUGAAAAAAUAG